AAACUCUAGUCGUGUACAGGUCGUUUGCCUGUUCAUAGGAGCCCCGACCCCAGCACCGACUUCUUGCCCCUUUCCCAACCUUUCCAGCCUUCACUUUGUCACACCUGUGGAGCCCUCGAGCAGCCUCCACCUCCUCUUCAGCUUUCUGCCUCACACUUGCCCAGCUCAGACCAUGCUGCACCCAGCCUGGGAGCCCCAGGGGGGAUUCUCCUUUGAAAACUGCCAGAGAAAUACAUUUCUGGAAACUUCUCUAAAUGGACUCCGUGUCCCCCAUGCCCGCAAAACUGGGACCACCAUCGCUGGCCUUGUAUUUCAGGAGGGAGUUAUCCUUGGGUCAGACACCCGGGCUACCGAUGACUCAGUUGUGGCUGACAAGAACUGUGAAAAAAUCCACUUCAUUGCCCCCAAUAUCUACUGCUGUGGAGCAGGUGUGGCAGCGGAUGCAGAGAUGACCACACAGAUAUUGGCGUCCAACAUGGAGCUGCAUGCUUUGUCCACCAGCCGGAAGCCACAGGUGGCUACCGUCACGCGAAUGCUCCGUCAGAUGCUAUUCCGCUACCAAGGCCACAUUGGGGCCUCCCUGAUUAUAGGGGGAAUGGAUGUCACAGGCCCCCAUCUCUACAGCGUGCAUCCCCAUGGCUCCUACAGCCACGUACUCUUCACUGCCAUGGGUUCUGGACAGGGACCAGCCAUCUCUGUGCUAGAGGAUCGCUUCAAACCAAACAUGACGCUGGAGGAAGGCCAGCAGCUGGUGGUAGAGGCAGUGACUGCUGGGAUCCUGGAAGACCUGGGCUCAGGAAGCAAUGUGGAUGUGUGUGUGAUCACCCAGGAUGGAGCCAAGUUCCAGAGGGCAGUGAGCACACCAGCUGUUCUCUCCAAGAGGCAAGGCAAGUAUCACUACCCAGUGGGUACUACAGCAGUAAUGAAGGAAACUGUGAUGCCGCUGCCAUUGGAGAUGAUUGAGGAGACUGUGCAGACAAUGGAGGUAGAGUGAACGAGCCCUUCUGGUCACAAGGUUCUGCACUGUCAUGGGAAACUUCCUGGAUAAUAAAAGCCUUUGACAUGAA